GAGUUUUAACUGUUUCUGUAUUGUGGUCUAUUCUUCUUCUCUGACGGACGACAAUGGGACAAACUAUGACGACUCCUCUUUCCCUUACCCUAAGCCAUUGGACCGAAGUUCGGGCCAGAGCCCAUAAUUUUUCGGUAGAGGUAAAGAAAGGAAAGUGGCAGACUGUGUGUGCCUCUGAAUGGCCAACAUUUCAGAUAGGAUGGCCCCCCGAAGGAUCCUUUUUAUUAGACAAGAUUAAGCUGCUGAAGUCUAAGAUAUUUAAUAUAGAUCCCCACGGACAUCCAGACCAAGUACCAUACGUCUUGGUCUGGGAAGAUUUAAUUCUCUCCCCACCUCCGUGGGUCCGGCCCUUUGUUUCCUCAACAGGUACGUCCGCGCAUACAUCAGCAGCGUCGGAGAUAUUAGCCUUAAAGAAAAACCCCAACACGGAGAAGCUACCCGACGCCCCGGAUCCACCGAGGGCGAUUUAUCCUGACCCGCAGUCCGAUUUGCUUCUUUUGGAUUCCCCACCCCCUUAUCCUCCGGCCCCAAAUCCCCUACCACCUAGAGGACCCCCAGCUCCACUGCCCUCGGCACCAAGGGAACCAUCCAUGAUGGAAGAAGAAAGGGGUCCCUCAGCGGGCACUAGGAGCCGGAGGGCUAUCUCCCCGGACUCCACUGCCCUACCUCUUAGAGAAUAUGGCCCCCCCGACGGCCAAGGGAAUAGACCUCUCCAAUAUUGGCCCUUUUCCUCUGCAGAUCUUUAUAAUUGGAAAAUGCAUAACCCAACUUUUUCCGAAAAUCCACAGGCCCUUACCGCUUUAAUAGAAUCUCUUGUUUUCUCCCACCAGCCCACAUGGGAUGAUUGUCAGCAGCUGCUCCAGACUCUCCUAACGACUGAGGAGAGGCAACGGGUUCUUUUAGAAGCCAGAAAAAAUGUAUUAGGCGCCAAUGGGCAACCUACCCAGCUGCCUAACGAGAUUGAUGCUGGUUUCCCACUCGUCAGGCCAAACUGGGAUUUCAAUGCCCCGGAAGGUAGGGAGCGCCUGAAAAUGUAUCGCCAGGCUCUGGUGGCGGGUCUCCAUGGAGGGGCCAGACGGCCCACUAAUUUGGCUAAGGUAAGGGAAGUCACUCAGGGGCCCCAGGAAUCUCCAACUGUGUUCCUGGAACGUUUAAUGGAAGCCUUUAGACGCUUUACCCCUUAUGAUCCAACUUCGGAGGAACAUAGGGCUACUAUAGCAAUGGCUUUCAUAGAUCAAGCGGCCCCCGAUAUUAAAAAGAAAUUACAGAGGCUAGAUGGCUUGCAGGGAUUUUCGCUUCAGGAGUUAGUAAAAGAGGCAGAUAAAGUAUAUAACAAAAGAGAAACAGAGGAAGAGAAGGAAGAAAGAAAGCAGAAAGAGCAGGAAGCCCGUGAAAUAAGACGGGAUAAGAGACAGGAGAGGAAUUAAAGUAAGAUACUGGCCACUGUGGUUGGAGGAGGAAAUACAGGGGAUAGGAAUAGGCACAAAGGGCGAACGGCAGACAGAAGGCGGCCAUUAGACAAGGACCAAUGUGCCUACUGUAAAGAAAAAGGACAUUGGGCGAGAGAAUGCCCUAAGAAAAAGAAUGGAGGAAGGCCAACCAGAAACAAAAUCUUAACAUUGGAAGAAGAAGACUAGGAAAGUCAGGGCUCGAACCCUCUCCCCGAGCCCCGGGUAACUCUUAAAGUGGAGGGGGAACCUGUUCAAUUUUUGGUAGAUACCGAAGCCCAGCACUCCGUCCUUCUCCACUCAAAAGGUCCUAUCUCAGCUAAAAGGUCAUGGGUACAAGGAGCCACUGGGAAUAAACAAUAUUCAUGGACCACACGAAGGACAGUAGAUCUUGGGAUUGGACGAGUAACCCAUUCAUUUUUGAUUAUUCCGGAAUGCCCCUAUCCUUUGCUGGGAAGAGAUUUACUCUCCAAAGUAGGGGCUCAAAUCCACUUUCAGCCAGAAGGUCCCACCAUAACUGAUAAUAAGGGAAGGUUACUUCAAAUAUUGACUAUGAAAUUAGAAGAUGAAUAUAAAUUAUACGAGCAGCCUUCAUCCUCACGAGUUAAUGUUACAGAUUGGGUAACUCGGUUCCCUCAAGCCUGGGCAGAAACUGCCGGUAUGGGGAUGGCCAAAAAUCGGCCCCCGGUGCUAGUGGAACUCAAGGCAACUGCCACCCCAAUAACGGUCCGUCAAUACCCCAUGAGUAGAGAAGCCAAAGACGGUAUCCGUCCCCAUAUACAGAAGCUACUAGACUUGGGCAUCUUAAUAAGAUGUCAAUCAGCAUGGAACACCCCUCUCCUGCCGGUAAAGAAACCAGGAACAAAUGAUUAUCGGCAGGUGCAGGAUCUACGAGAGGUAAACAAACGGGUGGCAGACCUCCACCCCACAGUUCCAAACCCUUACAACCUCCUGAGCACUCUUCCACCUCAACAUACGUGGUAUACUGUUUUGGACCUUAAAGAUGCUUUUUUCUGUUUAAGACUCUCUCCCCUGAGCCAACCCUACUUUGCCUUCGAAUGGAAAGAUCCAACAUCGGGAAUGUCUGGUCAGCUGACAUGGACACGGCUACCUCAGGGAUUUAAGAACUCCCCGACCAUCUUUGAUGAAGCCCUCCAUCAGGAUUUGGCAUUAUAUAGAAAAUCAAAUCCCCAGGUAACAUUACUCCAAUACGUUGAUGAUAUUUUAUUAGCUGCUGAGACCCAAGAAGAUUGUAUCAAGGGUACUGAAAAACUGUUAACGGAACUUGGAACCCUGGGAUAUAGAGCCUCAGCCAAAAAAGCACAAAUAUGCCAACAACAGGUCAGUUACCUGGGGUAUCUAUUAAAAGGGGGGCAAAGAUGGCUCACGGAGAGCAGAAAGGAUACGGUGGCCCAAAUUCCGGCUCCCAAAAACGCCAGGCAGGUUAGAGAAUUUUUGGGGACGGCCGGAUUCUGUAGACUAUGGAUUCCAGGGUUUGCUGAGCUGGCAGCCCCAUUGUACCCCCUAACCAAAAACAGCACUCCUUUCGUUUGGGGCGAUAAGGAACAACGGGCUUUUGACCAAAUCAAACGAGCUUUACUUUCAGCUCCAGCCCUAGGACUGCCAGAUGUAACCAAACCUUUUCAUUUAUAUGUGGCCGAAAAUAAGGGCAUUGCAAAAGGAGUAUUGACUCAGAAAUUGGGGCCCUGGAAUCGCCCAGUUGCUUAUUUGUCAAAAAAAUUGGACCCUGUGGCAUCAGGAUGGCCCACCUGUUUAAAGAUAAUCGCUGCAGUAGCCGUUCUAGUCAAAGAUGCUGACAAACUAACUUUAGGACAAAAUCUAACGAUAACAGCUCCUCAUGCCCUGGAAAAUGUAGUCCGUCAACCACCGGAUAGGUGGCUAACUAAUGCCAGGAUGACCCAUUACCAAACCCUGUUGCUAAACUCAGAUCGCAUCAAGUUUGCUCCAGCCACAGGACUCAAUCCAGCCACCUUGCUACCUGAUCCUGACUUGGAAGGCUCCACCAUCAUACAUGAUUGUCAGGAAGUACUAGCCGCAGCACACGGCAGUAGGCCAGAUCUGAUGGACCUGCCCCUCCCUGAUGCUGAUUUCACCUGGUUCACGGAUGGGAGCAGUUUCCUGGAGGAAGGUAAGCGUCGAACUGGGGCAGCCGUGGUAGACGGAAAACAAGUCAUAUGGGCAGCGGCGCUACCACAAGGGACCUCAGCCCAACGAGCUGAAUUAAUUGCCCUGACGAGGGCAUUAGAGAUGGCAGAGAAUAAAAAAGUAAACAUCUACACAGACAGUAGAUAUGCGUUUGCUACCGCUCAUAUCCACGGUGCCAUUUACCAACAGAGAGGGCUACUAACUUCAGGUGGCAAAGAAAUUAAAAACAAAGAUGAAAUCGUGGCUUUGUUGACUGCACUCAUGCUUCCUACUAAAGUCAGUAUCAUCCACUGCCCUGGACAUCAAAAAGGAAAUACCCCAAUAAUUAGGGGAAAUAAUAUGGCUGACCAAGUGGCCCGAGAAAUAGCAUCGGGAGAAGUCAUUCUAGGACUGUCAGAUAAAGUUCCUGAAAAACCAGGUCGCGAUGAAGAAAUCAUCCCGGCCACAACAAAAGGAACUUUGUCCCCUCAGCAAGCAGAAUCCAUGUUACAACAGAUGCACAGAUGGACACAUUUGGGGACUAAAAAGAUGGUAGCCUUGUUACAAAAAGCCGGGUACGAAACCCCUGGAAUGACAAAAUUAGCUGAACAAAUUGUGCAGGAAUGCGUCCCAUGUCAACAGGUAAAUGCUCACAAAGGGAAACUUGAAACUGGAAAGAGACUCAGGGGGGACCGCCCAGGAACUUACUGGGAAGUGGACUUUACCGAAGUGCGUCCUGGAAGGUACGGUAAUAAAUACCUUUUAGUUUUUGUAGACACUUUUUCAGGAUGGAUAGAGGCUUUCCCAACAAAGAAAGAAACAGCUGCGGUAGUAGCCAAGAAGAUUUUAGAAGAAAUUUUUCCUCGAUUUGGAGCACCAAAGGUAAUAGGGUCUGAUAAUGGUCCAGCCUUCGUCGCCCAGGUAAGUCAGGAUGUGGCCAGAUAUUUGGGGACUGAUUGGAAAUUACAUUGUGCCUAUAGACCCCAAAGUUCAGGUCAGGUAGAAAGAAUGAAUAGGACUCUAAAAGAGACCCUAACUAAAUUGUCCUUGGAGACUGGCGGUACCGAUUGGAUGGUGCUCCUUCCUUUGGCCCUAUUCCGGGUUAGAAAUACACCUUCCCGAUACCAUCUUACUCCUUUUGAAAUAUUAUAUGGUGCCCCGCCUCCCCUCCUCACUUUAGGAAAAGAAAUAAAACCUGAUUGUCAAAAUAACACUGACUUAUAUGCUAGGCUACUGGGACUUCAAUUGGUCCAGAAAGAAAUAUGGUCCCAACUCGCCGAGGCCUACCAACCGGGAACACCGGGAGAAACUCAUCCUUUCCAAGUCGGAGACUCCGUAUACGUCCGUCGGCAUCGAACCCAGACGUUGGAACCUCGAUGGAAAGGACCAUACACCGUCCUCCUCACCACCCCAACGGCCAUAAAAGUGGACGGCAUCGCUGCCUGGAUCCAUGCUUCACAUGUGAAGGCUGCACCAGCGACGGCAUCAUCAGGAUGGCGGGCCCAAAGAACCGACAACCCGCUCAAACUCAAGCUUCUACGAACCUAAGACUUAUAAUUUUGGUUUUACUGCCUUUACUGACUGACUAGGAAUAUCUGCCGGGAUAGGAACAGGAACCACAGCCCUCAUACAACAACCCCAGUAUUAUGCAAGUUUAAGACAGGCUGUAGACAUCGACCUUCGAGCAUUAGAAAGUUCCAUAACUCAACUAAAGGAAUCACUCACCUCACUUUCAGAAAUGGUGUUGCAGAAUAGAAGAAGCCUAGAUUUGCGGUUUCUUAAGGAAGGGGGAUUAUGCGCUGCUCUAAAAGAAGAAUGUUGCUUUUAUAUUGAUCAUUCAGGAACCAUUACCAAAACCAUGGAUAAACUAAGGGAACACUUAGAUAAAAGGCAAAGGGAGAGAGAGAACGAAAAAGGAUGGUUUCAAUCAUGGUUUGAUAAGUCCCCCUGGUUUACCACCUUAAUCUCUACUCUGUUGGGACCUCUUAUUGUUUUAUUGUUGAUUUUAACUUUUGGACCAUGUAUUCUAAAUCGCUUGAUAGCAUUUAUUAGAGAACGUAUCAGUACUGUACAAGUUCUAAUGUUAAGACAACAGUACCAAAGUUUACGAACAGAAGGUUGAGAUUCCAUGAUUGGAAUCAAUAGUCACAAGAAAAAGGGGGAAAUGUGGGACUCGAGGGACAUUGUUCCAGCUAAUGAUUAAGAACUCUCCAGACAAUAGGGGCUUC